AUGGGCUCGUUCACAUUGGCUACUGUGCCUGUAGCCACCGAGGAUCCGUUAUAUCGUUUGAUGCGAGAAUAUCGAGAAGAUUCUCAUGAGAAAAAGAUAGAUUUGGGGAUUGGUGCUUAUAGAGAUGAGGAUGGGAAGCCAUGGGUUUUGCCAGUGGUGAAAAGGGCCGAGGAUCUGCUUCGUGAGAACCCUCAAUCUAACCAUGAGUAUUUGCCUAUCCGUGGUCUUGACACUUUCCUUUCUGCUGCUCAAAGGCUCAUGCUUGGGAUUGAAAGCAAGGCGAUUUGUGACAACAGGGUCUGCUCUUUUCAAACCGUCUCGGGUACUGGGGCGGUGCAUCUUGGUGCAACUUUUAUCUCCAGAUUUCACUCUGGCAAUGUCCAGCCUACAGUGUUUAUCUCUGACCCAACAUGGCCGAACCAUCACCAGAUCUUUACUCAAACUGGAUUUGUAGUAGAAAAAUACCCUUACUAUUCAGCCACUUCGAAAGGCCUGAAUGUUGAGGAUAUGCUCCAAUGUCUACGCACUGCUCCUCGAGGAUCUACAGUCAUACUGCAAGGCUGCGCACACAACCCUACAGGCAUUGACCCUUCUCAAGAAGAGUGGAAGAGAAUCACAGAAGUCGUCAGAGAGCGCGAACAUUUCCCAUUUUUUGAUUGUGCCUACCAAGGGUUCGCAUCUGGCGAUCUUGAGCAAGACGCCUGGGCCUGUCGAUAUUUCAUUGAACAGGGAUUUGAAUGUUGUAUUGCUCAGUCCUUUGCGAAGAACCUUGGAUUAUACGGAGAGCGUGUUGGUGCAUUCCAUUUUAUCUGUGCCCCUGGGUCGGAUGCAUCAGAACUGGCCGAGCGCAUUGGGAGUCAGCUCGCUAUCAUGCAGCGAGCGGAGAUCUCUAAUCCGCCGGCGUAUGGAGCACAGAUUGCAAGUGCAGUCUUGAAUGACAAUGAGUUGUUUUCUCAAUGGCAGAGCGAACUUAAGAUCAUGAGUGGCCGCCUUACGGGAAUCAGGCAAGAGAUCAAGUCGCAGCUAGAGGUACGGGGGACUCCGGGUAAUUGGGGAUUUCUCUCGACUCAGGUUGGAAUGUUCAGCUAUACAGGUCUCUCUCGUCGGCAGAUUCUGGAAUUGAAGGAGAAGUGGCACAUAUACAUGACGGAGAACGGUCGCAUCUCGGUAGCAGGGCUGAAUCCAGGAAAUCUGCAAUACUUCAUUGACGCGGUUGAUGAUGUUCUGCGAGCUUUGCCAUAG